GACUUGCAAGAAUUGGUACACCCAGCUGUGGGGUAACAUGAACGCCGAUCGCAGAAGAAAGGGCUUCAAGAAGGGCAUUGACACAGAGGAUGCGAGGCGCAAAAGAGAGACCAACAUUGUAGAGCUGCGCAAGAAUAAGCGCGAUGAAAGUCUACAGAAGAAAAGAGCUGUGUUUGCAGCUCCUGGUGCCGGGAGCAUGGAAGACUCCAACAGAGGGACAGCUGCAUUCCAGCGAAAGCUGGAAGCCCUGCCACUCAUGGUUCGCGGAGUGUACAGCGAGGAUCCUCAGCAGCAGCUGGAGGCCACCACUCAAUUUCGCAAGCUUUUGUCGAUCGAGAGAAACCCACCCAUAGAGGAGGUCAUUAAUCAGGGCGUCAUCCCGCGAUUUGUCCAAUUCUUACAGCGGUCCGAUAUGCCGACGCUACAGUUUGAGGCGGCGUGGGCGCUCACAAACGUUGCGUCCGGGACUUCUGACCACACAAGGGUGGUGAUCGAGAGCGGGGCUGUACCAAUCUUUGUUGCUCUGCUGAGCUCUCCUAGCGACGAUGUCAGGGAGCAGGCGGUGUGGGCGUUGGGGAACAUUGCUGGCGACUCUGCAAAAUGCAGAGAUCUUGUCCUUGAGCACGGAGCGCUGGGACCCUUGCUGGAGCAGCUGAAAGACAACACAAAGCUUUCCAUGCUGCGGAACGCCACCUGGACGCUGUCAAAUUUCUGCCGAGGAAAGCAGCCCCAGCCCGCCUUUGAGCAGACAAAGCUGGCUCUUCCUACCUUGGCGCGGCUCAUUCACUCCAACGACGAGGAAGUCUUGACAGACGCUUGCUGGGCGCUGUCAUACUUGUCAGACGGCACCAACGAUAAGAUCCAGGAGGUCAUCCAGACUGGAGUUUGCAGGCGGCUUGUGGAGCUCCUUCUGCACCAGAGCAGCAACGUGCUGGUGCCAGCACUGCGUACGGUGGGCAACAUCGUCACUGGAGACGACCUCCAGACGCAGGUCAUCAUCAACUGCGGCUCGCUGUCCUGCCUGCUGCACCUGCUCAAGACCAGCCAGAAGAAGAGUAUCAAGAAGGAGGCCUGCUGGACAAUCUCCAACAUCACCGCCGGCACCAAGGAGCAGAUCCAGGCGGUGAUAGAUGCGGACCUGAUCCUGCCGCUGGUGCACAUGCUGGGCGAGGCGGAGUUUGACAUCAAGAAGGAAGCAGCGUGGGCCAUCAGCAACGCUACCUCGGGCGGCCGCCACGACCAGAUCAAGUACCUGGUGGGCGCGGGCGCCAUCAAGCCGCUGUGCGACCUGCUCACCUGCUCCGACCCCCGCAUCGUCACCGUUGCCCUGGAGGGCAUCGAAAACAUCCUCAAGGUGGGCGAGGCGGAGAAGGAGCUGGCCGGCCCCAGCGGUGUCAACGCGUACGCAAACCUGGUGGACGAGGCGGAGGGCCUGGACAAGAUCGAGGACCUGCAGAACCACGCCAACGAGGAGAUCUACGACAAGGCCGCCAACAUCCUGGAGGCCUUCUUUGACGUGGAGGACGGCGAGGUCGAGAAUCUGGCGCCCGCCAUCGACGCCAAUCAGGGCACCUACUCUUUUGCCGCGCCCCCGGCCGGCGGAGCCCUCCCCCAGGGUGGCUUCAACUUCGGCACCUCCAUGAGCUGAGCCGCCCACCACUCUACGCCGCAGCGGUGGGACAUGAGCAGUAGAACAGCUUGAAGGCGUAAUGGGACAUGGGGAGGAGCAGGAGAAGCUUGGGCAGGGACUCCCUGGCAGAGGGGAGAGCAAUCAUUACCACAGCAGGCUGCAGGAGGGCGCACCCGCUCACAUUGAUGUGUGGUGGCGUCAUCAAGCGUCAUCUGGAGCAGCCAUGUGCCAAGGGUGCGAGAGGAAGAGAAGUAUCUGCCAGAAGUGCGGCAGAGCAUUUGUGCAUGCAAGGAAUCGAAAAGGGAGUUCACAUCUUUCAAAGCACGACAUCGCCGUCUCUGCUUCUAGCUUCCAGGCGCGGUGUCGCAGAUGCUGAACACGACUCGCCAUCUAAAGGAGCCAGCAGCUCCUCGUGGCUUUGGGCAUGCAAUAAAGGGACAGCCAAUGGGUGUCUGGCAUUAGCAGCCAUGCCCCAACAUUGGCAAGUCAUACAUAUCAAGACGUGUUUUGCGCCAUCCAUGGGGCUGCCAUAGAAGCAUGGCAUAUUGUUUCUUCUUGUGGCUUUUGAGGCGCGCUGCAUACAUGCGUCAAUGCUACUUGCCACCCAUCAUGUGAAGGUUGACUAGGCAUCUUGUUCAAGCGCGUAUCAAGAGCUCAGGCUGCUGCUUCCACCAACUGAUCCUGACUGAACUCAACACCGAACUGACAUGACCCUGAGAGAUCCCCAUCAUCUGGGAUCAAGUGAUAAUUAACAGUGGUUCCAAAAGCCGCUUGUGACUGUUUGGCAAUGGGUUUGCACACAAUGUGAACGCCUGCUUGCCUGAUGUUCUGCAUAAGUCUGCAUUUGUUUGCAACAAAGCGAUUGGAUUUGCAUUGUCAAUGUAAUGGUCAUUCAUGU